CGCUCCCCGUCCCACGCCGAACGGUCUCCUCUUCCUUCACCACAUCUCGCUCGAUAUCAUAAGUCUUUGAACGCGCCGUAGCGUACCCUAGCGGUCCUUUGGAAUGGCCACGAUCCAAAGCAGACUGUUCUCGAAGAAUUACAGUGGCCUUAUCAACCAGUCUGUGAUUGCGCUUGGGCUGGGUGUGAUAUGUAUCACGGCACAUGAGAUUAUGAAGAGGAAGAGGCGGGGGAAAAGGAGGGGGAACGGACUGGGAAGUGUGGAAACAUGGGAGUUCGGAUAUCUAUACCAAGGUCGAUCGUGGGCCAAGAAUCCUUCACCGUCGCAUCCUAAAGGGUGGCCGCUUUCAUGGGUCCCUCAGGUCAUCAACUUUCCCGAGGACAAGUUUCAUGAACUGAGAGGAUUAGACGCCACACUCUACGUCCGAUUUCUGCGCGGUUGCGCUUGGUUCACCCUCCUACACACCCUGACGACGACCCCCAUUCUACUCCCUAUCCAUGUCCACUUCUCCGACAGCACGACUUCCCGGCUUUCUAUGACCCGCGCAUCUAUAUCAUCUCUGGUCGCCACAUCCGAAGGGUUGGAACUCCUUUGGAUACACAUCAUCCUCCUCUUCUGGAUCUCCACUACCUGGAUAUGCACCAUCGCAUGGGUCUGCCGCGGCGUCUUCAUCUACCGGCGAAACUAUCUAGAAGCCCUCUCGCAACGCCUUUCCAACGCCCACGCCACCACCGACGCCACCUCCACCUUAGCCCCAACGACCGGAAAAUCAGCCACACUAGUUGGAAUGCCAGAGCAGUACCACCCGCAUCCCCACCCCCAAUUCCCAUUUCAUUCCCUCCCAGCCAACUCAGGUCAGCCCGAAGGCGAAGACGCGGACACGCGUGGAUUAAGACUGCGUACGGUCAUGGUGACGAAUAUCCCGCACCAUUUACGUUCGGAGAAAGACCUGGCGGAUUAUUUCACGUAUUAUUUGUCGAGGGAUGUGGACAAACCUGCGAUUCCGUUCGCUAAAAACGGGACGGUUCAGCCGGGCCUGAUCAACAAAUUCGCGGCAUUCCUGUUUAAUCGCGUCAAGAGGCUGCCUAUACUCCCGCACGCUAACGUUCGUACGGAUGGGGAAUGUGCGGAGGAAGGAGACCAAGCGGAUGGAGAGAAUGAUCGGGCACCGGUGGUCGUUGAUAGGGUCGUCAUCGCGAGGAAGAUGACGGAGUUGUCUUCGUUGCUGGAGCGGAGAGAGGACGUACUGAAGCGUUUGGAAACGGCGCAUAUCAAGCUGGCGAGGAAGGUUCUUACCGCUGUCAAGCACGCUAUGGACCGCCAAGAACGAGAACGUGCUGGGUCCUCCCGUCCUGUGAUGAAACGGUUCACUUCCAAGAUCGCGCUAGAUAUCCUGUCUAAGCCCGCUCCCAAGAUUACGGAGGAACAGGAAGCAGGAGGUGCAGAGAAUAUAGGCGAGACGGUCGAAGGCGUAGAGGAGAAAGACGCGAGUGUCGAUAUGGAGCUCCUCAUACGUGAACUUCGGCCAUUCGUGGAAGAGUUUGGCGUCCUGCCUCUUUCAGAGACCAAGGUCCCCGCCCGAGUCAUUCAUAGUAUCACGGCCUCCUUCCGUCGCGCGAUGGGCACUACAUCCAACGACGACUCCGAUACCCGACCAUUCCAGCACCUCCCCGAAUCCAUAUCCUCGCCACGCAAAACAAUUUGGGAUGUCCUCUACUCCCUUCCGCGUCAAUCUCUCGACCCGUACCAACCUCUUGUCCGCCUCCAAGCCCUCUUCCGUAACCGCACCGUUCCCUCCAUCGACUACUACACCGCCAAGCUCGGGUUAUUGACGCAGUUAAUUACGGAGGCGAGGAGCAAGAAGGUCACGGAUUAUGAGCCUGUGAGCACGGCGUUUGUGACGUUUGGGGAUCCGAAGACGGCGAGGAGGGCAUGUAAGUAUUUGGCGGUGCAUCCGAGCAAUCCGUUGGCUUGUUUGGUGAGCCCAGCGCCUGGGUAUGAGGACCUGGAUUGGACGAGGAUUAUGAAGUCGUCGUAUAGGGCUGAGAUAUUGAAGGAUUGGGUGGUGAAUUCGGCUGUUUGGGUCUUCACGAUAUUCUGGGUGUUUCCAGUUUCCUCCUUCGUAGCAUUGGUCUCGAUAGGCAACAUCAGUUCACUCUGGCCGGCACUGUACAACUACCUCCAAGCCCACCCCUGGGAGGAAGAACUUAUCCAGUCCCUCCUUCCCACCGUCCUCGUCGCUCUCCUCUCUCUUCUCAUCCCUCUCAUCCUCCUCCUCAUCUCCAAAAAAGCACACACUAUCAUCACCCUCUCCGCGAUCCAUGACCAGAUCAUGACCCGGUACUACAAGUUCCUGAUCGUUAACGUGCUCGUGUUCUUCUGUGUCGGGACUGCGACGCUGCAGAGCUUGCUGCUUAGCUUUUCGGAUCUGACGAAGGCGGAGAGCGAUACGAACGUGUUGCAGAUUAUAAGUGAUAGUUUUCCGAGUGCGGGGCCGUUUUAUGUAGGGUGGAUGAUUUUUACGACGGGUAUACAUGGGGCCAUUGAGCUUGUGAUGUUCGGACUUCCUCUCUUCGUAUAUCCAUCCACGAAACGAGCCGUCACGCCUCGUCGUCGCGCUGUUGGUAUCAGACCACGGACGUUCAACUACUAUUACUGGUUACCCAAUCACCUGCUGGUCAUACAUAUCUUCGUGGUCUUUUCGGUGUUGAACCCGUUGGUCAUCCCGUUCGCGUGGGUUUACUUCACAAUCGAUAGUACUGUUGUUCGGAAUCAAUUACUACAUGUGUAUGCGAAGAUUUAUGAGGGUAACGGACAACAAUUGAUGAUUCGUAUAAUUCGGUACUCUCUAGAUGGCCUCCUUCUCUCUCAGUUCGUCUUCCUUGCGUACAUGGCAGUCCUGAAGAAUCGCACCAAUGUCGGUCUCUCGGCCGUGCUUGUCAUCAUGACAGUGUUCGCCAAGAUGAUCAUCACCCGUAUCUGUCGAGCCAAGUACGAGCGCGACGAUAUCAUGGAGGCCAACAUCAUCUGCGGCACCAACCGCGACCCCAACGACGUCGACCUCUCGACUUCACACAUGUCCGCCGAAGCUCAUGCCGAACUCGAUUCCGAACCCGGUUCUCCCCAAUCUCCCGACUCCCCCGAGUCUGUUCAUAAAUCUACCAAUAAGGCCUGGUCAACAUGGCGCCUCUCAGGCAAAUUCGAUUUCUCUUACGCCAACUUCCCUCACCGGCAACAUCACGGAAUCAGGAGACAGCCGAAUCCGUUUGCGGAGAGUACAGCUUCGUUCUCGAGAUUGAGAAGUGAUGAUGGGCACGGCGAUUAUUCCAGUGGGAAGGGUCUAUCGCGUCAGGCGGACCAUGAGCGAAUGCAGAUGCAGAAUUUUGGCGUGUUGGAGCAGGAUCUGGCGGAUUAUAGGGCCGAUCCUGUGUCCACUGCAGCUUCAAAUCCGACAGAGCUUGUGUCACGCCACCCACCACAUCCGGCGUGGGAUGACGAGUCGGAUAUGAACCAUCCUUACGACAAUCCGUACUACACGCGACCUGUCAAUAAUGCGCUCUGGUUGCCUCGGGAUCCCUGUGGUCUUUUAGACUUAGAUGAUACGGUCGACGUCAAGAUGUCGUUGACGACGCUGUCCUCCGCAGGUCAACUGGGCGUUUGGGUCGUCCCGGGUGGUCCACAGUUGAUGGAGACGGCGAACAACGCCAAUGUAGAUCCUAGCAUCCUCAGUUCUCCCCGAUCGGCAUAUAGAUCCUCGCCGGAACCUCUGGAGCCGAUCACGUUCGCAGAGCCAGGUAGCCACUUCACCAAUAAUUCCCCAUACUUCACGCGCCACCUCGAUGGAAGCGAAGAAAUCAACCUCCCGCCAGCCAUCGCAUCCCGUGUUAGUGCUAUCGACAAAGAAGACGAUGUAGACUACGCUGGUCCCGCCAACAGAACCCGUCGACCCUCUCUUCUUGGGUAUGGUCGCAAGCGGAGCAGCGACAAGAGUAUUAAGACCGCCAGGUCUUCAACGAAGGAAGGCUCAUUUAUUCAUCGGCGGCAGACAUUCAAUAUUGAACAGCCCUCUGCGAUAACGCAGAGGACGAGGCUGACUUCCUUGGCCUCUACGACGUUUUCGAUGGACCCGCCGUCGAGUAUCGCAGGAAGGAUACAGAGGUCGGGAAGUAUAGAUGAAGAGAUGGGUGUGACGAGUCCGAGUUCCUUGUUUGUAGCAGGUGCGUCGGGGUCUGGGGCAGGGACAAGUGCAGGAGCGGGGGUAGGGUCGUUCGGGCAGAUUAGGAAUCAGAGCCAUCCGAUGAUGCAUGCCAACCCUUCGAACCUCACCAUUCCGGGCCCGCUCCUCACUCAGCCUUCCAAUGGCACAGACCACACUUCAUCCGGUAUCAGCAUCAUGGUGCCACCUAAUAUCGGUCGCCUCACAGGCGUCUCGGGCUCCAGUUCGAGGUUGGCGGGCCUUUCGGCAGGCGGUGAUGGCAAUACUCAUGAUAGAGCGUUGACUGCGGUGACGAUGCAGGAGGUGGUGCAGGAGGAGGCGAUGGUGGAGGAGCAGGAGGCCGCGGAUGAGAGGGCGAGGAAGGAUCGGGAGGAGGCCGAGAAGGAGAGUAGGCAGCAUAGAUCCUGGUUGACGAGGUGGUUGUUCUCCAAUUUGGAGGAUGUAACGCAUAAGAGGUCAUAAGUUUUUUAUCAGCUGAGGUUGUGGCUUUCUAUGGUUUGUUGGGGUUCGUUGAGGUUCUGUGUAUACCCUUGGUCUUCUGGAUUCGAUGCAUGACGCGCGCACACACACGUAAAUACCUUUAUACUUAUAUCCCUUUGGUUUCGGUCCUGAGAUGACCUGUGCAUGACGGUGAUG